UUUAACUGUCAGUUUUGAUAAUUUGUAUUUAAGUUUUUAACAUUUAUUUACAAUUUUAUUAAUUAUUUAAUUAAUUAAUAAUAUUAAGACAUUUUGAAAUAUGUCCGAUGGUUAAUGUACUGUCUACGUAAAUAAAAAAUCCAUCGAAUGUUGUUUUACCAUCGAAUGUAUAAACAAUUAUUUGUCAUGCGAGAGUAUGGAUUUGCAUAGAUUACGAGUUGUGGAGUUUAAUACGUUGGUAAGUGAAAAAGAAGGCAGGAAGAAGUACGUCGCAGAACUUGAAGAACAUAAGAAAAAAUAUAAAAGUAAUUUCGAUGAUAAGCAGUAUGAAACAAUUGAAUCUGAAAAUGAUAGUAAAUGUCUGGAUGACAAAAUUUGGCCUCAGAAGGCACCGCAGAAAUUUGGUGACGGGGUAAACAUUAAAUAUCUGGUUGAUAAAAUAGGACCGCCUGGGACGUCAAAACAAUGCCUGGCAAAAGACCAAGCUUCCAGGACACCAACGUCCAGGCUUUCAAGUUUCAUGAAACAUAAAUCAAAAAGUGAAAUCUUCAGUAUUACUUCCAAAUGUAAACCGAAAAAACGUGAACUUAAAAAGAAUUCUAGUUUUAUAAACGUACCCAAAGUAAGUCAGGACAAGGCGCAUUCGUAUAAUAAGAAGCGAACUCUUAAUUUGUUCCACAAAAAGUCUAAGGAAGAUCCGAAAAAAGAAGAUAAACGUGCGAAGAAAGUUAAGAAUGAACAAGUACAUUUUUUAUUUGCGCGCGAAACACCAAGUUUUGUACGACAUUGUAGAAAACAGACCGAGGACGAAAGAAAGAGUUUUAGAAAGAAACAGGAUACAAAAUUACCGAGCGAUGUAUUUGGUUUUCAAAAAAGUAAUCGACAUAAUAUUGAUCCAUAUCUUUAUCACGUGUCGUGCAAUUACCUAAACUUAGACAAAUUACCCUUUAAAAAAAUUAAAAAAGGAUUCAAUCGAAAAUGUAAAGAACCAACACAGCCAACAACAAGUUGUUGUAAACAUCACGCAAUGCGGGUUCUUAAUUCCACUGGAAAGAGUGAGAUCCCCGCCAUUUAUUACAAUCUAAAUACUCAUACACGACCACAGCUCAGAAGACUUCAACAUCGACACGAUUCCUUUGACGACCAUGAUGAUGUUAUGUCCAAAGACCGGUCACGUCGUAUGGGCAAAGAUAAAAUUGUAUGUGUUUCACCUUCAUCGCUCAGCCCCCUAACUAGAUGUCAAUGUGACGCGUGCAUUGGCUCUAGUAAAGGCAACAUCCCCGAAGUUUCAGAGCACCCAAAUGGUAACCUGGAGCAAAGCACACUGAGCUCAAGUGUUUCUAGUACGUCCCCUGCACAGAAUACACCGCAUGCUACUUGUAAAAAGAAAUGUAUCAAGACGAAUAAGAAAGUUUGUACCAGCAAUAAACGUUACAAAUUAUUCUUAGGAUGUUUUCACCGCUUCAAAGUCACUUUAAAAAAGUUACCGUCAGGGAAAAAAUGUAUGAAAUAUUUGUUUUUCGGAUUGCUUAUUGUGGUGUGGUCUCCAUGUUUGCUGGCAGUCAUUCUGGCAUGGGUAAUAAUGUGCCCUGUCAAGGUAACCAGUUUAAAUGGUGAUGCUUCCAAGAGGUCAAUUCCAAUGAUGAAUUAUUUUGUGAACAAAUUUCGUAAGAAAGAGGUGGGAAGUGAAUUCCAACAAGCGUGUAUAGACGAUUGUUUGCCUGAAAGCAAAAGGAGCCUUAUGACAUCAGUGGCGAGUUGGUACUCACGCGCGUUUGGAACUGUUGUUCAUUCAUUUAAUGCAUUGGUGUCUAUGCUUAAGCUUAAAAAUAAACCAACUUGUGCUGGGUCCUCAUUUGUAGAAUACAAACAUCCAAACCCAAAAAAGAAAUAUGCUUCGUUCUAUGCAGAUAAUAGAGGAGGAACAACGAAAUCCACAAGACGAAGCAAUGCACGAUUUGGUGCUGGCACUCGAGUAGUGCAAAAUAUGCGAUGUGAAUUUAUACCGUCAUUUUGGCCCAAAUCUAACACUUGCAACGAAAAGUGCCGACCGAAGAUAAAGUCAAAACAUAAACCGUUUCUUGUCCCAUGUUCAGUACAUGGGGCUCAGUAUAAUCCCAGUUAUUCAAAAUGUGAAUCGUCACCAGCAGGGGAUGCCGGCCCGAUGAUCAGAAAAUCUGUACCCGGAUGUACUUGCGAUAAAUUAUAUUCACGAAACAGAGUCUGUCGAAAUAAAAUGAUGCAAAGCUCUUCAGUGUUCAUGCCAAUGGUACCACAACGUCUUCACACGCAUCAGCGGCGAUACACAUCGAGGCGGAGACAAAAGAAUUCAGCGAGCAGGAACAUGCAACAUUAUACCCAGUCUGCUAAACAGCAGUUGCCAUAUCCAGACUUGAACUUUUUAACAAUGCGCUACACUGGUUAUAAAACUCCUAAUAAACGAUCAGAACCAAAUGUCAAAUACUAUUACCCAUCAGCACCUGCAACUACACCACCACCAAAUUUCGAUCGUUUGCCCUGUUAUGCUAUUCCAGUUAAUAAAUGUUCACCACGGUCAUGUGUUGACGAGUUUGCUAUCAGGCCCGCGUAUAAACGUCGUCCAUUACAAGUCGUAACGGACGAUGUUGGUACUGGGACUAGAUCUGGCUAUGGCUUUACCACUAUCGCCGGUUACAGUGCUGGCGCUGAGUAUUGCCCUUGCUCUUGCUCUGACUCUAGAAAUGGUACCGGCAUUGGUUCUGCCUAUGGCGCUGUCCCUAACGCCGGUCAUAGUCACAAUCACGGUGCUAGUUCAUGCGCUUGCCCCAGUGCUGGCGUCAGCGGUGGUGCUGGCGUCGGCGGUGGUGCUCGCGUCAGCGGUGGUGCUGGCGUCGGCGGUGGUGCUGGCGUCGGCGGUGGUGCUGGUCGCCGCAGUAGUGCUGGUCGCCGCAGUAGUGCUGGCACUCGCGGUGUUCCUGGCUUCCACCGUCGUUCUGGCCCCCGCGGUAGUGCUGUCCCCAAAGAUGGUACUAGCCCUGGCGAUGGUGAUGGCCCUGUCGAUAGUCGUCGCGGUGUUCCUGGCUUCCGCCGCCGUUCUGGCCCCCGCGGUAGUGCUGUCCCCAAAGAUGGUGCUAGCCCUGGCGAUCGUGCUGGCCCAGUUGAUAGUCGUCGCGGUACUACUGCCCCCCGCGGUAGUGUUGCCCCACGCGGUAGUACUGGCCCCCCGGGUAUUGGUAGCCCCCGCGAUAGUGUUGGUCCCGGUGGUGUUGUUGCACCCCGCGGUGGUGGUGUUUCUCCCCGCCAUAGUACUGUUGCUCCUACCGAUGGUGGUGCUGCUCCCCGCGGUCGUGGUAAAAGUGCGCGUGCUGACGUUAGCUCGGACGUCAGCCCGGAGGUUAGCUCAGACGUUAGCGCUGAUGCUGGAGGUGGCACGGACAAAUCCACCACUUCAACAGGAAAAACAAACAAAAAAAUAGACAAUAAAAAGAAAAAAGUUGGUAAGAGGAAAGGUAAAAAUUUACCUCCUCUUCCUUCUUCGCCUCCUCCUCCACCGCCACCUCCUAAAGGUUCCAAAAACCCAGCAGAUCAUGUUAAAUACAGAGUAGCUAAAGCCAAAUACGACGCUGUUCGAAGCUAUCACUGUAUUAUUGAUGCAGUGAGAAAAUCUGAAAGACGAGCAUGGCAGCAUGAAGUUACCUGUACUGAUAUGUACUUAAAUGUCCUGAAGCGUAGACCAUGUUUCUGUAUUUACCGCUACUUUCCAUCUUUUUACCCGACAUUCUUAGAAUUACUUAAAUUUCAAAGAAGCUUAUGCGAUUUAAUUAAGUAUUGUUGUGCUAUGUGUUUGUGGUGUCCACUUUUUGUAUGCCUCUGUAUAUGUUACAGUUUGAUUUGCGAAGCAACAUAAUUAAACGUGUUUAUAAUCGA